AUCUGACGAGCGGCCAUUCAUCAGGCCGGCUGGCCUAUCAAUGACAUUGCUCCCAUCGGGGCUCCUAUAAAAUGAUGCUUUUUCCCAUGAAACAUCCGCAAACAUUUUGACGGGUUUGGCUUUGCCCGGCUGGAUUACUGAGUGUCCCCUCGCUCGCUCGCUGGCCGGCUCUCCCCCUUGUCCCUGCUCUCUCUCCUUUCUUCUCUCUGCUUUGCUCCUUUCUCUUCCCUUUCUUCUUUCUCUUUCUUUUCCUUUCCUCCUUUAUUCUUUUGCCCUUGAACGCUCCACGUCUCUUCUCCUUAUCCUCACUCCCUCCCUCCCUGGGCAUCUUUAGCACAGGGGGAUCCCCAAACAUCAGGACUUUUGGGGGGCGCCUGUGCUGUCCAUGGGAAGAGCAUGCAUUGUGGGUUACUGGAGGAACCCGACAUGGAUUCCACAGAGAGCUGGAUUGAAAGAUGUCUCAAUGAAAGUGAAAACAAACGUUAUUCCAGUCACACAUCUCUGGGGAAUGUUUCUAAUGAUGAAAACGAGGAAAAAGAAAAUAAUAGAGCAUCCAAGCCCCACUCCACUCCUGCUACUCUGCAAUGGCUGGAGGAGAACUAUGAGAUUGCAGAAGGCGUCUGCAUCCCCCGCAGCGCCCUCUACAUGCACUACCUGGAUUUCUGCGAGAAGAAUGACACUCAGCCUGUCAAUGCUGCCAGCUUCGGAAAGAUCAUAAGGCAGCAGUUUCCUCAGUUGACCACCAGAAGACUCGGGACCCGAGGACAGUCAAAGUAUCAUUACUAUGGCAUUGCGGUGAAGGAAAGUUCUCAAUAUUAUGAUGUGAUGUAUUCCAAGAAAGGAGCCGCCUGGGUGAGCGAGACGGGCAAGAAAGAAGUGAGCAAGCAGACAGUGGCAUAUUCACCCCGGUCCAAACUUGGAACCUUGCUGCCAGAGUUUCCAAAUGUCAAAGAUCUAAACCUGCCAGCCAGUCUACCUGAGGAGAAGGUUUCGACCUUCAUUAUGAUGUAUAGAACACACUGUCAGAGAAUACUAGACACUGUAAUAAGAGCCAACUUUGAUGAGGUUCAAAGUUUCCUUCUGCACUUUUGGCAAGGAAUGCCACCCCACAUGCUGCCUGUGCUGGGCUCGUCCACGGUGGUGAAUAUCGUUGGCGUGUGUGACUCCAUCCUCUACAAAGCGAUCUCCGGCGUGUUGAUGCCCACCGUGUUGCAGGCACUACCUGACAGCUUAACUCAGGUGAUCCGAAAGUUUGCCAAGCAGUUAGAUGAGUGGCUUAAAGUGGCUCUCCAUGACCUCCCAGAAAAUCUGCGAAACAUCAAAUUUGAAUUGUCUAGAAGGUUUUCCCAAAUUCUGAGACGACAGACAUCCCUAAACCAUCUUUGCCAGGCCUCUCGAACAGUGAUCCACAGUGCGGACAUCACAUUCCAGAUGUUGGAAGACUGGAGAAAUGUGGACCUCAACAGUAUCACCAAGCAAACACUUUAUACCAUGGAAGAUUCCCGCGAUGAACACCGGAAGCUGAUCAUCCAGUUGUAUCAGGAGUUUGACCACCUUCUGGAGGAGCAGUCUCCUAUUGAGUCCUACAUCGAGUGGUUAGACACCAUGGUGGACAGGUGUGUUGUGAAGGUGGCUGCCAAGAGACAAGGAUCUCUAAAGAAAGUGGCCCAGCAGUUCCUCUUGAUGUGGUCCUGCUUUGGUACAAGGGUUAUCCGGGACAUGACCUUGCAUAGUGCCCCCAGCUUCGGGUCUUUUCACCUAAUUCACUUGAUGUUUGAUGACUACGUGCUCUACCUAUUAGAAUCCCUGCACUGUCAGGAGAGGGCCAAUGAGCUCAUGCGAGCCAUGAAGGGAGAAGGCAGCAUUGCAGAGGUCCAAGAAGAGAUUAUCCUGACAGAGGCUGCCCCACCAACCCCUUCGCCAGUGCCAUCGUUUUCUCCAGCAAAAUCUGCCACAUCUGUGGAAGUGCCGCCUCCUUCCUCCCCUGUCAGCAACUCAUCCCCUGAGUACACUGGUCUCAGCAGUACAGGAGCGAUGCAGUCAUAUACAUGGUCUCUGACAUACACAGUGACCACAGCAGCUGGGUCCCCAGCUGAAAACACCCAACAGCUGCCUUGCAUGAGGAGUACUCAUGUGCCUUCUUCCUCCGUCGCACACAGGAUACCAAUGUAUCCCCACCGAGAGGAGCACGGAUACACAGGAAGCUAUAACUAUGGGAGCUAUGGCAACCAACAUCCUCACCCAAUGCAGAGCCAGUACCCGGCCCUCCCUCAUGACACAGCCAUCUCGGGACCACUCCACUACUCCCCUUACCAUAGGAGCUCUGCACAGUACCCUUUCAAUAGCCCCACUUCCCGGAUGGAACCUUGUCUGAUGAGCAGUACUCCCAGACUGCAUCCUACCCCAGUCACCCCCCGCUGGCCAGAGGUACCCACAGCCAACACGUGCUACACAAGUCCGUCUGUGCAUUCCACGAGGUAUGGAAACUCUAGUGACAUGUACACGCCCCUGACCACGCGCAGGAAUUCUGAGUAUGAGCACAUGCAACACUUUCCUGGCUUUGCUUAUAUCAACGGAGAAGCCUCCACAGGAUGGGCUAAGUGACUUCUAUCAUAGGAAUCCAUAUUUAAUAUUAAUAAUAAUAAUUAAUAAUAAUAAACCCAACACCUACCCAACCCCAGAGGACUUUAUCUCUAUUCAUCAUAAUUCAUGGACUCUUCCUAGAUAUCCAUUUUCCUAGUGAAUGGGAGACUGGGAUUCAGUGUGGGAUGAAUAAACUUUAGUUCAGAAACAGGACUCACUAUAAGUCAGUGAUACUGGGUUCCUGUAACCAAGCCAGACUUGAUUGUUUCUCUAGAGCACUAUCUUGGGCAGGCCAACCUGUGCCUUUUCCCUCUGUUCCAUGACUUUGUUUUGUGUUAGCAACCACUCCUGGUAAGCUACUUAUUUCACUGUUGAUAAAAGCUCUUUUAGUCUUGAAGGAUGGAUACUGGAGAUGGAGUCUGGUUUGUUUUCUUGGAUGGGCACAUAAUUUACCAAGAGUAUUUGCCUUGCCGUCUCUCUGUCAUCUUAAUAUACAAUGAACAGCCUUCAGAUUUGUUCUGUGCAUCUCUUCUUCCUGGCAAUGUUAUCUCUCCUUCCUGGAGCACCAGGCUAAAUGGAGGUGCCUAAGAACUCUAGACUCCCUGUUACCAUCACAGGACCUGCAUUAUCUUUGGAAUGUAAGCACAGUCUAGAGGGAAGGAAGAGGCCUGUUCUUAUGCCUAACGUUGGUUGAUGAAUGUAGGAGACUGGUUCUUCUACAUACAAGUAUUUGUCCUAAGUUUGCACAAUGGCUAGUAUCAGUAAAAGGCAGGAGAGGGUUUUCUUUUCUUUUUAUUUUUUUAAGUUGUGUGAGAAUGUGGAUUUAUGGCAUCGAGUAUCACACUCAGCUCUGCUGUAUUACCUUUGUGAAACUGGAUGGACCAAAUGUUAACUUUUCAAGCACCCAGUGUGAAAUGACUUUCAUGGUUCCUUCAUAAGACUAUAAAAAUUUCCGCCACUUUGAUAGAUUAAAAAAAAAUUCAAAGCUGUGCCUUUGAGCCUAUACUAUACUGUGUAUGUGUGGAAAUAAAAAUGUACUGUACUUUUGGAAUUUUUUUCAUAGGCAUUUUUCUGUCAGAUUUGUAGCGAUUUGUGAGGUUUGUUAGAGAUUAACAUAAGUUUUUUUUUCUGUAUUAUAAAAUGCACCAAGCAAUUAUGGUGGACUUAUUACCCUAUGGGUAAAAAAUAAAUGGAAAUAUGACAUCGGAUGUUUUAGCAAUUUUUCUGUAAAUAAAAUCUUCGAUCACACCACUCAGUGUGAUAAUCAUGUCUACAGCUAAAAUGGAAAUAGUUUUAUCUGUACAGUUGUGCAAGAAAAGAAUGGUUUCACACUCAAAUAAAAAGUAUUGAAAUGA